UUUUAAUUCACAUAAGAUUGUUUUCUGUACCAGGAAACCUUCCUGUUUUCUAAAGUACUAUGUCUUUUGAGGACAGAUGCAAAUGGGAGAAACUGAUUAACUAUGUUAAUAAAAACGAAGCCAUCCCAGUGUGAUCCCAUCACACCCCUAUAUCUGCUCAUUUAAACCCAAAACAUGUUGCCUGAGCACAGAGCUCUGUGUUCAGUCACGUCCAGCCUGCCUCUUCUGGGUGGAGAAUAGUCUGGCCAGGUCUGAUAAACCUACCCCUGCCUGUCAAUUCGACUAGAGAUCAGGGUGGGCAGGGCAGGCAUUAGCACUCAGGCACUGAGGCCUUCCUCUCUCCUAAAAGCUUCUAGGAACUACCUUCAAGGUUGGGAGUAGCAGCAACUCUGGGAUCCAUAGAUGAAAACCAGGUCAGGUCAGUACUCCCUAGUAGGUAUGUGGGCCACCUGCCAGUUGAGUGGGCAGGGUGCCAAAGGUGUGUACUCUCCUGGUUACCCAGGGCAGGAGAUGGAACCCAGGACUCCAGGAGAAGGGAGGACUCAUGGAGCUCAUGGAGCUGGAGAUGCAAAGAGUUUCUGCUUAAAGAACAAGGAACAUUUUAUCCAUUGAGCUCAGAACAAGCAGAUAGGAGGAAGCCAAAGUAAGAUGGAAGUCCUCUAUGAAUGUGGAAGCCAUUAACAGAGUAAUUGCUGUCUGUUGCCAUGACAACCAGCCGCUGCAGUCACCUGCCCGAAGUCUUGCCAGACUGCACCAGCUCAGCUGCGCCUGUGGUGAAGACGGUGGAGGACUGUGGCAGCCUAGUGAAUGGGCAGCCACAGUAUGUCAUGCAAGUUUCAGCCAAGGACGGGCAGCUGCUGUCAACAGUAGUGCGGACUCUUGCCACCCAGAGCCCCUUCAAUGACCGGCCAAUGUGCAGGAUCUGCCAUGAGGGCAGCAGCCAAGAGGACUUACUCUCUCCAUGUGAAUGCACUGGGACCUUGGGGACAAUCCAUCGGAGCUGCCUGGAGCACUGGCUGUCAUCCUCAAAUACCAGCUACUGUGAACUCUGCCACUUCAGGUUUGCAGUGGAGCGCAAACCCAGGCCGUUAGUGGAGUGGCUUAGAAACCCUGGCCCCCAGCACGAGAAGCGGACUCUGUUUGGAGACAUGGUGUGCUUCUUGUUUAUAACGCCCCUGGCUACCAUCUCAGGCUGGCUGUGCCUGCGGGGGGCCGUGGACCAUCUGCACUUUAGUAGUCGGCUGGAAGCCGUCGGACUCAUUGCUCUCACUGUGGCCCUCUUCACCAUUUACCUCUUCUGGACGCUAGUGUCAUUUAGGUACCACUGUCGAUUGUACAAUGAAUGGCGUCGGACCAAUCAGAGGGUGAUUCUCCUCAUUCCAAAGUCUGUCAACAUACCUUCUAACCAGCAGUCCUUGCUGGGGCUCCACUCAGUCAAGAGGAACUCAAAGGAGACAAUUGUUUGAUGUCUGUGUGCUCAGUUGGUGGACUCGCUGUUUGGGGUCUGGAAGUCUCUGCACUGGGGCCAUGCGCUGAGCCACCCCAAAGCCCUUCCUCUACUCUUUGGGUCUAAGAACAUCUGGAGUCAUGUUACCACGUCGCCUAAGUAAGGAACUCGGCCAGAAGGAAACAAUGCUGUUUUGAGUUCAAAAUCAUGGAUGCUGCACUCAUAUGAUACUUGCUAAGCUGCCAAACAUGUCUAUUUAGCAGAUACUGUAUGGAAUUUUCCAAACACCUCUUUAACAUAUGAGGAAGGUUGUCCUGCUGAGGAUGCAAUUCAAUUCUUCCUUUUUUAUUACUAUCUCAGAUAUAUAUAUAUAUAUAUAUAAAUAUAUAAUUUAGAUGAUAAUCAAAAUUGAAAAGCCAGUGUACAAACUGGUUUCUUGGUUUGGAUGGGUUUUAUUUGGGUUAGUUUAUUCAUUUUCCCGGUUUCUACUGUGGAUUCUUUGGUGGCUAACUUGAUAGCCUGAGUGGUCUUUUUCAUCUCUUUUAUGUCCCUUAUUCAAGGAGACAGCAUAAUUACUGCAGAACAAGUCACAUUUGAAAGGUGUUUUGUACUAAACCUCAUUCAGUUAUUCAGUUUUUAAAGGGAAAAGAGGUGUGGCAACUCACCCCACGGUGAGCUGUUUAUUUAAAUAUUUGGGAGGAAGACAAUGGCGAGACGCUCCCUCCUGUCACCUUGUUUGGUACUGACAGCUGAUAGAAGCUAUUUUCUAAUAAUAAAUAUAUGGUGUGUGAAAGACAAACCUUA